AUGGGCGGCCCAACAACUUCAGUCGCGCCAGAAAACCAGAGCCCUCGUAUUCCAGUCAGAACAAUACGAGAAGAUCUCUCCAGAGAUUCAUCCGAGUCGCCUUCGAGAUCGCAUUCCAGAUCUGAUAGCGUCCGGCGGGGUUCAUUCGGCUCCGUCAAAGAGGACGUCGACGGAAUAGCUCAAACCUUUGUCGUCAGUCAUCCACCAACAACACUCCAACAACAACAACAGCCUGGCAGUAAGCACACCACCGGGAUGACUGCUGCUGUCGAGCACAUGCCCGACUUUUGCUGUCCCUGUGGUGGCUUUCUGGGCUGGAAACAGAUUCGUCUUCGAGGCCGCAAAUUGAGCAGGAGCUAUAGCGACCUGCGCCGUCUAGGUGCUGUGAGCUCGUCCAGCGAGUGGGUAUGGGACACAAGCGAUGGACGUCCAGCUCUCGGAGAACCUCUGCCGGAACAAAAGGCCAAGAAGCCCCGGCUUUCUAUUGAAGAAUUGCCCGUCGAAGUGCUCAUCCAAAUCAUAUCCUACUUGGAAGUCGAGCUGCCGCCAAAUGGCUACACACCUCGCAACAUUGACCUCAUUUCAUGCCUCUUGACUUCUCGCACCCUGCACUCGGCAACCCUGAGUGUGCUAUAUCGCAACAUCACCGUUCCCCACUCUGUCAUCUUCUCUAAACUGCUAAAGCACGUCGUCAACUACCCAGCGCUAGGCACCAUUGUCCGUCGCCUUGACUUUUCUCACUUCACCUCUAUCGGUCUCGGCCGUACGCGGCAGAUGAAUGCCGAGAUUCAGAACCUGACCGCCAAGACGCUUUUACAGUGUCUAGACUUAUUCCCAGACCUAAUGGAGGUCUUGCUACAAGAGCAUGUCGAGACUGAUAUCAACAGUGCCGUGGUUAGCAAGAUAUUUGGGGGCUUGCCUAACCUGCGAGCGGUCGAUCUCUGUGGCUGCUCCUCGCAAGCCUUCUCGACGGGCUUCCUGGAAGCUUUCAAGAUAUCCACCGACAUUCCAGCAUACUUCCCGCGGCUGAAGAGGCUGUCCCUACAUGAAUGUAGCGGGCUUUCUCCCGCUGUUUUUCAAACACUCCUCCCACGACUCGUCAAUCUGACCCACUUGGACCUUGGGCAUACUCAGAUUACAGAAACCGCACUGUUCUCUCUGUCAGAUACUGCUCAAUUGACUCAUUUGAAUCUCUCCAAGUGCACGCGGCUGUCGGGACCCCAGGUUAUAAAAUUCUUGACCACGCACCCUGCCGUUACCGAGUCUCUGGUCUACCUCAACCUCAUGACUGAUCCGUCUCGUUACCGACUUCUCGAGGAGGAAGACGUGACUGCUUUGUUGCCGAACCUUCCAUCGUCUCUCAAGUCUCUGAACUUGAAUGGUGCACGGGUCACAUCCGAGCAUGCACCUCUACUACUUCCCUUGACGAAACAUUUGGAGGAACUGGGCCUGAGUGGAGCAGAUCUAUCUAUCAACGACUUGAACUCUUUCUUUGUGCCUCCCGUCCAACAGUCAGAAGCUGGUGCUGACGUCGAUGGCAAUGUUGACCAAACGUGGCAGCCACCAGCCCUUCACUACCUCGAUUUGAGCAGGGUUCCGCAAAUAACACUACCGACUCUAUUCAACUCCAAUAAAUGCGUUCUCGUUUCACCCCGCAGCAUGCCACUAGCCGUCAUCGAGUUGAGCGAAAAACUCAUAACGCCUCUUCGCGAUCGAACAAAAUCCACGAGAUCCAAUGGAUGGGUUAUAAGAGAGAUUGGCCGACGCGGUUGGUAUGUCCGAGAGCCAGUGAAGACAGACGUUGUAGUUGCAGACGAUGGCUCGCGCUGGUGGAAGAUGGGCGCUCGGUGGUGGGGGAUGAGAAAAAUCCCUGUUACAGUCGGCGAGGUCGGAGGUAUCUACGGUCACUACAUGUUCAAGAAGUGA